AUGUCAGAUAAAUCUGAUUCGAAUGUAGAUUCUGUAGGUGUCUUGCAUCCAAAAGUUCUUCUUCUCUCUGCUGGAGUUUCUGGAUCAAUCAUUUUCGGAUAUAGAUUCUAUGGACGGUACGUGAGACGUAUACGAACUUACUUGGACCUAACCCCAAAAUACCUUGAUGGUAACAGAUCUCUCUAUGGUAGGGUCACGAGGGUUGGUGAUGGAGAUAAUUUUCGAUUCUACCAUACUCCUGGGGGGAUCUUUAUGGGAUGGGGUUGGCUCAGACCAAUCCCUACAACAAGGGCCGAUUUAAAAGAUCAAACGUUGAUGAUUAGGUUAUGCGGCGUAGAUGCUCCAGAGAGAGCGCACUUUGGAAAGCCAGCACAGCCUCAUUCUGAAGAAGCAUUGCAAUGGCUUACAGAUUACGUUAUGGAUAGAAAAGUCAGAGUUACCCCGUAUCUGAUCGACCAAUAUAAAAGAGUAGUCGCACGAGCCCAAGUGUGGAAGUGGACCGGUAGGAAAGAUGUAAGUGCCGAAAUGAUUCGGAAUGGGGUGGGAAUUGUAUAUGAGGCAAGAACAGGGGCUGAGUUUGGGGAUAAUGAAUCGUGGUACAGGAAACUUGAAUCUAGGGCGAAGAAGUUUAAAAGAGGGGUUUGGGGGUUGAAAAAUAUGACAACUCCUGGUGAGUUCAAAAAGGUCCAUUACAGAGGGGAAUAA